AUGAGCGGGCGUUUGGGCCGCGUCCUGCACUUUCAUCUGCGUUUCUACCAGGUGCUCGGCUUCCAUGGGCUGCCUCUGCCAGGGGAUGAACGGCCGCACAGGACACGCCAAUUGCUCCGAGCCUGGAGCCUGUUCAUCCUUAUGGGGUUGAGUGGAAUGGUAGCCGUGUGUCUGACCAGCGAUCUGGAGUUUCUCUAUAAGGGCGACCUGUUCGGCUGCGUGAACGAUGGCAUGAAGUUCAUAUUCUCAGAGCUUGCAGUGCUGUCCAUCUAUGCUGAGACGAUGGCCAGCCAGCGGCCCCUGGCCCGCUUCUGGUGGCUCCAUGGGAAGCUCAACAGGCAGCAGCAGCACGGCAGCAGGCGGUUGUCCCGGCCAGUCUCCAUACGCAGCGAACUGCGUCAGUACCGACGCUACCUGAUCUCGCUGUACGGCAUCUUGGUGGGGGAGAUCCUCAUCAAUAUCUGGCUGUGGCAGGUGCAGCCCGCCGACAUGCACUUGAUACUCUUCUGGAGCACAUUCGAGCCGCUCGUUUUCCUCAUGUACAUGCGGAACGUACAGUUUGUACUGCACAUGGAGCUGCUCCGCCAGCAGCUGGCCCAGCUCGAACGGGAGCUUUCCCUACUGGCAGAGUACUCGCGAUUUGCCAGCCUAACGGGUCGCAGCUUCAAGGACUUUGGGCACUUCCUGCGCCGCCGGCUGUUGCAGAAGCAGUGCGUCUACAACGAUGUGCAUGAGAUGUACACCUGCUUCCAGCGGGCCUUUCGCUUCUCCACACUGACCGUUCUGCUCUCGAUCUAUGUGCGGAUUGCAGUCGAUUGCUAUUUUAUGUACUACACCAUCUACAUAUCCGUUGCCAAUUUGGAUUACUCUUUGAUUUUGCCCGCCUUGUUCGAGAUACCCGCCUUCAUCUAUGCCUCGCAGAGCUGCAUGGUGAUAGUUCCACGGAUAGCCUAUCAGCUGCACAAUAUUGUCACGGAAACGGGAUGUUGUGGCUUUGCAGAUCUCUCCUUGCAGAUUCAGAACUUUUCUUUGCAAAUCCUUCAUCAGCCGCUGCGCAUCAAUUGCCUGGGCGUCACCAUCUUGGACUGUUGUCUGCUCACGCGGAUUGUCUGUUCGGUGGGCACCUACAUCAUCUACACCAUUCAGUUUAUACCAAAGUUUAGCAAUCAAUAAUGAUAGAAAUAGUAUCACAGGGUUCAAUAAAGGUCCCCCGAUUGCUCCCGUCCCCCAAGUGUAAAUGUUUGCAAAUUAUUUAUAUUCUUCUUAGAAGCUACAACCUUUUGUGUUGACUGAUGGCAAGCAAUUGAUAAUAACUUUGAAGCCAAGAACGGGCUUGAUUGAUACCACAGCAGGCCUCCUGCCCACGAAUCAUCAAGCUAAUUGCGAAUGCUGGAAACAAAAUGAUAUAUAGCGAUUGGCAAAAUAAAAAGUGCUUCAGAUAGAAGAGAACAGAAUUUUUCGUUAAACACUCUACCAUGAUGUGUUGGGCAUACAAAAAGUAUUGCCGCGGUGCGCACAGCGUUCGGUUUUUUAUCAGGACGCAACGCUACAAGUGCCAUGGUCAUGGAAAUUUAUCUACCAAAGUCACAUACAUGAUUUAGCUCUUUUAACAAUUGCCAAAACUCAAACAAACUUAAAUCAUAAUCAUAAUUGAUUUGAGCGAGUUUUUUUAGGGGAGCAUUACAAAACCAUUUACAAAAAGGACGUGGAGCGUGGAACUUCUAUAGAAUACAUUUCACUGGACUCUAAGAUCUAUGUUUAAGAGUAAAUUAAAACUUCUAAAGUCGGGGACUUA